GGCUACAAGAUGAUCAACGGCGCGUGGACCAAGGUAGCGCCCGACAGCCGAGUCUCCUCGCCCGCGCCUUCGGUGCGCUCCGGGGGCAGCUCAUGGAGUAAGAUCUCGCCGGUGUCUUUGGCGUCGACCCCUUUCCUCGCGCCUGUGGGGCCCGUCGGGGGCCUGGGCCUGCCGUCGCUGCCCUCGCCCGAGGUGGCGCAGGACCUCGUGCGCCGCCUAGAGCUCGAGGCACUCCACGGGCAGACCCUUCAGAAGGCGCAGGCCGCUCAGGCCAGCAAGGCCAAGAAGCCUACCAGCCGCUGCGGCGCCGGCCUUCGCACCUCCUUCGGCAGAUGGUGCUGCGGGCGCGGCUGGGACCUCGUGCCCCAGUGCGCGGUGCUGCUGGUCGUGAUCGCCUUGCUGCCGGCCUGGCUGGCGCCCUCGCUGGCGCGGAGUGCGGGCGCCGCGGUCGCCAAGAACGCCGCGCUGCUGGUCUCGGACGUCGCCGUGGCCUUCGCCGAGGGCACCGUGUCCGUGAUGCGCGAGGCUUGGGCAGGAGUGGAUUUGGCAGACACCUCGGUCAACGCGUCCGGCGCUCGCUUCCCGGUCAUCGGCGGAGUCGCGCGGCAGGAGUUCGAGGCGAGCGAGGUGGCGACCGCGCUGCGGCCGCUGCCGCCUGAGUACUCGCAGUGGCUGUGGAAGGCCGCGAGCCGCGCGGGGCCCCGCUCGCCGCGCUUCUCGGCGAGCGAGUGCCGUUUUAAGACGGCCUCGUUCUUUGACUACUUCGAGUUCGAGGCGCCCCUGUUCCCGAGUGGCUACGUGGGGGUGCGCUUCAUCUGGGCGCGCAUGGGUCUCGCGGCUGCGUGGGCCAACCCGUUGUGGGAGCUGCUCGGCGUCGACGCGAGCUCCGAGCUGGCCCCCGUCGCCGCGCGCGCCCGGGGUGCGAUCUCAGACGCGCUCGACCUGGACUGGCUCCGCGCGCCUCUCACUGACGACGAGGGCGAGGCCCGCGUGGCGCCCCCGACGUG